UUGUUUUUAAGCAGCUAACUGCUGCUGAGAGCAGGACACACUGUCGACUCUGGUGUCCAUUAACGCGGGGAGAAAAAGACAUCACACCCAGUUGGGGCAGUGACAGGUCAACGGACUGCUGCUGUUGUGUUGAUGUGAGGACAGCUCUGCUCUGAUGUAAUGUGGAGGCAGUCUGCAGCUUCAAGGUCGAGAACCUCAGGAGGCUGUCCCCAUCUGGAUCUCAGGCCUCCAAAACUUCAUGGGUUUUUUUUGUUCGAGUACCUCUAAUUCUUAUAAAGUUGUAUUAUGGAAGGCUGGACCGCUCUGAAGAGGAUAUGAACCCCAGAUUGCUGUAAGCAAACCGUUAUUUCAGUCUGUUUCUGUGACAGCAAUAAAGGGAAUGGGCCCGGCCUCACUGCAGGAGGAGAGGGAGCUGGGCAAAGAGUCUAAGGAGGAGAUGGAGAGCUACCGUUGCCUUCUGCAGGCCGGCUCCCAGCUGCAGAGCACCCUACAGCAGGUGACUGUUCCUGUCAGCCUGAAGGAAGUGGGAGGAUAUAUAGAGAAACAAGUUGCAUACCUAUCAGGAGGACGUGGGGAAGACUCCAGCGUCAUCAUUACCCUCCCAGAGUGCUCAGCGUUCAGUGACAUUCCAGAGGACGCUUUAGCCAAAGUCUUUACCUACCUCACUCUCAUUCCUCGAACCCGACAACCUGGAGUUAAGUUUAUCAUCAUCUUAGACCGAAGACUGGAUACAUGGGCCUCUAUCAAAGCUGCUCUUGCCAGGAUAGCAGCCUCCUUUCCUGGGAACCUCCACCUGGUUUUGGUGCUCCGACCCACCAGCUUCUUCCAUCGUACUGUAACAGAUAUUGGUUUCCGCUUCAGCCAGGAUGACUUCAUGCUCAAGAUGCCAGUGGUGAUGCUGAGUUCUGUCACAGACCUGCUCCGCUACAUUGAUGAAAAUCAGCUGACAUCAGAGUUUGGAGGAACUUUGGACUACUGUCACAGUGACUGGAUUGUUUUACGGACGGCUAUUGAAAGUUUUGCAGUAACGGUAAAAGACAUUGCUCAAAUGUUACAAGGCUUUGGCACAGAGCUGGCAGAGGCAGAGCUACCGGAUGAGGGAAAAGCCAUCGAGCACCUCCUAGAGACUCACACUGCAAAGUAUAAAAAGCUCAAGGAUGCAAUAAGGUCUGUUUCAAAGGAAGGUUGCCAUCUUCUGUCCAACCUGGAAACAACUGGGAAAGAUGAUGACUCCCAGUGGGAUGUGAAACUGGACUGGGAGACAGUACAGAGUUCCUCUGUUAGGCUCCUUGCACAGCUCAGAGACAUGGAGUUGGCCUUUGACGGCUUCUUUGAGAAGCAUCACCUGAAACUCCAUCAGUACCUUCAGCUGCUUAGAUAUGAGCAAAGCUUUAAGGAGAUGGAAUUAUGUCUUGAGCAUCUAAUGCAGCAAGAAAGAGAACUUUCCAUAAAUGUGAGCACGCUGGCCCAAACAGAGCAGGCUCUCAAAAGGCUUGACAGCCUGGAAUCUAAUGCACAGGAAGUGAUAUCACGGGCCCAGAUCAUCAUCCUCCACGGACACCAGCUAUCAGCAGGUCACCACUAUGCCAUGGCGCUCAUUAUGCAGCGCUGCAAUGAGCUUCGCCACCACUGCGACACACUCUCUGCUGCUCUGAAGUCCAAGCACUCUUUUCUAAUGCAAAUGCACCAGCUCCUGCUUUGUCUUGGGCAGGCCCAGACUUGGUGUGAUGAUGGAGCAUAUUUGUUGGCGAACCAACUAGUAGACAAGUCCCAGUCGAAGGAGGGUGCCCAGAUAGCUUUAAGGGAAAUAGAUAAGUUCCUUGAGGGAGCGCCGUCUAUGUUGAGCUCCGGUCAUGAUUUUCUAGCUAUGGAGUAUGAGGCAGUGAUCACUCCUCACCUACAGACUCAAAUUGGGAACGUUUUUGAAAAGCAUGCAGCAGUGCAGCAGAUGAUCCAGAACCGACAAGCUUGUUUAAGGAAGCUGGCAGACAGACAUGUGCGACCGAUCCAGCUUGUGGCCCCCAGGCCUGAGAACCAACCCCGCUCCAAAUCCCCACUCUUUUCUCCAAAGCACGGUGAUGGUUUAAAGUUCACAUUUGAUAUUUCUCUUCCUGGGAAAAAAUCGUCUAGAAAAAGUCCAAACCCCAGAAAAAUAGAGGUGAUGCAUGACUACCAGGAGAGCCGGAGCUGUGUGUCGUACAGUCUGGAUGGAGAUGACAGCCCGGAUCUCUUGAAGCGUCAUGUGAUGAGGGAACUUAUAGAGACUGAGAGGAUCUAUGUGGAGGAGCUGCUGUCAGUGCUACUGGGUUACAGGGCUGAGAUGGAUAACCCAUCUCUGUCGACGCUUUUGCCACCGAUACUACGCAGUAAAAAAGAUAUUCUCUUUGGAAACAUGCCUGAGAUCUACAACUUUCACAGCAGAGUGUUCCUUCAAGACCUGGAAGGGUGUCUGGAGGCACCUGAAGCUGUCGGAACUUGUUUCCUCCAUCGGAAAGAAAGUUUCCAGAUGUAUGAAAUGUACUGUCAAAAUAAGCCACGUUCUGAAGCACUAUGGAGACAGUUCUCAGAGUGUCCCUUUUUUUCGGAGUGUCAAAAGAAGCUGGAGCACAAACUGGGCCUGGACUCCUACCUGCUGAAACCAGUCCAACGGCUCACAAAAUACCAGUUGCUGCUCAAGGAGCUGCUCAAGUACAGCCAAGAUUGUGAGGGUAGUUCUGAGCUGCAGGAGGCGCUGACAGCCAUGCUGGAUCUGCUCAAGUCAGUCAAUGACUCCAUGCAUCAGAUUGCAAUUACAGGAUAUGAGGGGGAAAUCUGUGAACUGGGCCGUGUGCUUAUGCAGGGCUCUUUUAGCGUGUGGAUCAGCCACAAAAGAGGUCCCACAAGGAUGAAGGAGUUGGCUCGCUUCAAACCAAUGCAGAGACACUUCUUCCUGUAUGAAAGGGCUCUUCUUUUGUGUAAAAGAAGGGAGGAUCACGGAGACAGCAGCGACAAGACGCCCUCCUACAGCUUCAAGCACUGUCUAAAGAUGACUGCUGUGGGGAUCACAGAGAAUGUCAAAGGUGAUGUAAAGAAGUUUGAGAUCUGGUACAGUGGAAGGGAGGAAGUUUACGUGGUUCAGGCUCCAACGGUGGAAGUAAAGAUGGCCUGGCUCAAUGAACUCCGCCGAAUUUUGACCAAUCAGCAGAAGUUGCUUAGAGACGAAGCACAUCAACAUGGCCCACUGGCUGAACACAUGCAGCUUUCUCCAUCACUCACUGAAAGCAAACAGCAGAGGGCGUCAGUGAGCUCAGAGGAUACUGAAUCAGGAAGGAGCAGUCCAGAGCCCCAGUCUCACUCCCCUAAACACCAGCCCAACCGCCGGAGUUGGCCCGGAGCUCAUCACUCAGUAGACAUCUGCGAGGAGUGGUCUGGAGAUCAGGACGCCUUCCUCCCUUCUGAGAUAGAGGAGAAAAAUGUGCUCAAAUUGUCUCCAGGCAAGUACAGAGCUAUGGCUGACUGUCCCCAAAACGGACCAGGCAGCAUCAUCAUCAAGCGUGGAGACGUCAUCCAUCUACAAUGUGAAGACAACAGGGGGCGCUGGCUUGUGAAAAAUCUGAGUCGGCAGCUGGAGGGCUUCAUAGCAGCUGCCUGUCUGCAGCUCAUCAUAGGAAAUGGCAGCCAUGAGCACUCUCCCAGACUAGGAGACCCAGGGAACCUGAAGGUGAGAAAGCUGAGCUCCCCAUAGAGAAGAAAGAACUGAGGAUGAAUGACGAUCUUAUGCUGGAUGAUGAGCAGAGAUGGAACAGACUGAGUCAUAGCUGUCUCAUAACUGAGGCUGCCAAUAACUCCUCUCCUCAAAGAGGCUGCUUUCUUCAAUUGCUGCUUUCCUAGUUUUCACUUUUAAUCUCCUAAACUGAUGUUUUUUGAUCAUAAAGAUCUCUUUAGCAAUCACCUCAAAGCCACAGGAGCAGGUACGCUUCUAUUGGACAAUCAACAGCUGACCCGGAUCAUGUUCUUUUUACUUUUUGAUGUGCAAUAACUCUCUUGUUCUUCUGACAUUUCCUGUUCAACGAUGGAGGCAGCAUAUGAGUUUGCUGCUUCAGUAAUGCGUCAACUCAAAGACUGGGCUCCGUAUUUCCCUCCUAAUACCUGACGUUACUUUAUUCCUAAGAGCUUUUCUUUCUGUUUUGUUCCUAAGGGAUGUACAGUAAACAUGAAUUUAACCUUAAAACUGUUAAGGAAAUUGUACUGUUUUUUAUAAAACUUUUAAUGAAUAUUAUUUUCACGUCUGUAUAAAAUACUCUUUCGUUCUCAUGUCACCACUCUUCCAUACAGUUAAGAGUUUAAAUACCAAAAUGUGCCAUGCCUUAUUGCCUUUAUAUUUCCGAUCUUUUAGGGAUUCUAUGUGCUUUUUGCAAAAAAAAUCUGUGUUCUCCAUUCCAAAUGACCUCACAAAACUUUAUCAGGCACUUUAAAAGGGUGAGCUCUAUUUUAUUUAAAGGGCAUUUAUCAUCAUUUGUGUUCUUCUGUUGCGUUGAUGCUUGCAGCUCAUGAAAGUAAUGACAUUGAGAACUAUGAAGAAAAAACAGUAAUUGAAAAUGCAGCCAAAUGCUACUUAAGAUGGUUUUAUGUUUAAAUUGUGUGAUGGUCCAUAAUAUAAAGACUAUCCAUAGUGAAAGCAUAGUAAAGUCUGCAGCUCAAAUAUAAUAUCAUUAUGGUAAGAUCUGUAUGAUUAUGUACCGACUGGAAAAAAUGUUGUCAAGAAAUGUUUCAUUUGGAGGAUUACCAAACUGGUACCCUAUGGAGGGGUUUAAAAGAACUGUCGAGUGAACCUAGCCUGUUUGUUAUUUCACUCUGGAAAAUGACAAACGGUGAGAAAAACUGAAGUUAAACUGAUGUUAGAAAUUCUGCUGCAGGUCUGACAAGCUUUGUUACUCUGAUGCACACAGGUGUCACCACUUUCUAUUCUUACAACUGUGUCAGUAGAAUAACUUUAAUUAGGAAGCAAUGCAAUAAUUAUGCAACUCUGUUUUCUCUACACAAUCAGCCGGUGUAUUAUCAACAUUUUUUUUUCUUUAUCUGUGUUACAGUAGUGCAGUU